UGCGAGCGUAAAAAUACGCCACGAUAACUGCGCCGCCUGAUAACAGUCGCGAAUGUUUCCCAACCUCUCGUAACCAAACUUUCGGCCACCCUCCGUCCGGCAAUGACAACUAACCCCGACAAAUUUCAAAUUUAACAAGUUCCCGAGUAAACGAAACACACCUUCGCAGUUCAUGCGUGCCUCCGCCGCCGAGCCGCUGGAAAAUGUGACGCGUCCAUCGUUCGUAAGCUCGCAAACGAGCAUGUUACGCACCCCCUCAGUACGCAAUACGAGUCCAUACACCCAGUAUCAAAGCAGGGUAGCUUAAUCAAUCUACGAUCGAAGAUAAUGCAGUAAAAAGUAGAAGAAUCUUAUCAAUCGAGAAGAUAAAGACCAUCACCUCUGCCCUUUUCACCGUGACAGUUAUCUAAUUAAUUAAUUUCAAAGAUCAUCAGCCAUCAAACUUACAACGCUGUAUCAUGGAUUUCAAUGGAAACAGUUACACGAGUGCCACUGGUGGAAGCGUUUGUCAGAAAUCAAGAAGAUCAAACGAUUCAUUGGAAAUGAAUUCUCUCUGCUGCGAUUCCACGCGAAAUCAGCUGCAAAAUUGUACCGAGCAUCGGGAAGCGUGUCGGCAAAGUGGAAAUCACGGGAAAAUAUGCGAACACGGGAAGGUUGAAAGUUGGCGGGGAAGUUUUUCCGACGGGAAAACGAGAAAUUUCAACGAGAACAAUAUGUCGGAAUACAGAGAGCAAGAGUCACGAUAUGAUAAUUACGGAAACGAGAACGACACAGCGGGAUUCGAUGUAAAUGGGUCUAAUGAACCCUGCGGCCGGUGCAAGAGCGGAUUUAACGUUAACGUUGUUCUACAUCAAGAAUCGCCGACGAACCAGAAGAUCAAUAUGGUGGAGCCGAAGUACAAUGUUUCUUUUAAACGCUGCUGUGAUGAGAAUAAUAAAAAAUGGGAGCAGAAACGAAGAAAACGCUCGAAUCCCAUCUCCCUAACCGGAUCAUUCUUUAACCUGAGUAAAAUGAAGAAAUGCAAGAAACAAGAAACGAACAGAAGCAAAGGAUCGUCUGUUCAGCAGAAGACAGAUGGAAGCGACGAAAAUAGCUCGAAUUUCCGUUGCACUUUCGAGAAUUGUUGCGGCAACUGUGAGUCUUACAUCAUGGAGAUCCCUCAGGAUAACCUGAACGCUUACCAAAACUGGCAGAACAUGGAAUUCGAGGGUGGCAACACGUGUUUCGACGAGUGUUGUUGUCCGCGCGAGAUGAAGAUGUACUCUUCGAAUCUUAGCCUCGCUUCGUCCCCGCAACACGAACAGUGUUUCGUGUCUUACGCGGAAACUGAGAAAUGUUGUUCCUUUCCAAUCGAGGCUAAGUGUGAAUUUCCAUCCAACGAACCUAAGGAACCUAGCAAGCACUGUCUGCAACGAGUACACUUCGCCAAGGCGGACAAUAAUACGAGAACGAAUCAUUCGUCGUGCUCGUUCUGCUCCAGGAAGUGUACACCGUCUAAGGCGAGCUUAUUCGUCGAGAUCGGGGAGAGUAUCGCGGACGUGUGCAAUUUAAGAUCCGCACAGGUGUUCCAGCUAUGCAUCGAUUCGAAAGAAUCGCUUAAAAACGAGCAGGAACGAAAGGAACAAUUGUCUGCGAGGAAAAAUAUGUCUGACUCGUCGAGAGAACGUUAUAAAUCAAAGAAACAGCACGGGAAAAAUGCAAAAUGCAGUGUGAACUGCAAAGCUCUACCUGCUGCUGUGACGCGCAGUUAUUCGGAUCGAAUUACAUCCAUGGAAAGGUUCGAUAAUCAGAGUGUAGAGGAAAGGACGGAGGGAUCGCCUUGUGAGCAGACGAUGAGAAACCUCAAGUCGAGUAUCAGCUUCCAAGAAUCACGUGAUUGCAGAGCGCAAACGGAAAGUAACAUGUAUAUGAAUAGAAAAACAGCAGACUGUAAUCAACAAUGCGAAGGAAUCGACCAUUCUGUAUGGGAAGAUAUUCGAAAGGCAAAGAUCUGGUCGCAACUACAGGACACUUAUAAACAUUUAGUAAAAAUGGCAACGACAAGUAUCUAUCAGAUUAUGAAACAAUCGAAUAAAUUAAGGAAGAAAUACACGAAGGAUCGUAGCAAAGAUCGUGAGAAAUGUGUUCCCUAUAUGGAUCGAUCAGAAACACCUAAUGAUUAUUGGAAUGGAACAUUAAUUGAAUUGAAUAAUUGUGAUGCCACUUACUGUGGAAACGUUUGCUGCUCCUUAAAUGAAAAUUUGAACAAUGGAUUGACAGAAUGUGAACAAUCAUUGUAUGAAACUUGCAAAGUCUGUCAAAACGGGCAAGAAGCGACUUCGUUAGAGUGUAGUUCUUGCUUCGGCGGUCCCUGUGAUAUUCAAGAGAACAUGUAUCCUUGUAACGAAGGAUCUCCGACGUACCAGCUGCUACCCACGUGUGGUAUUGUUCGCGAAAGAGGCGGCAGCGACGGACCCGGCGGUUCUAAUCAAAGAAGGAAAGUUUCCAAUCCGAAUGCGAGCAGACGUCCAACUCAGAACGGGAGAGAACAGCCAGGUACGUCUGGCAACCGGAGAAGUACUAAUCCUAGAAAUCAGACUACCCGAAAGAUGGGAUCUCGUGCUCAGGAGAGAAAUGAGAUGCCAGGGUACGAUCAAGGAACAGAAUGUAACACCAUGGUCAUUGAUAUGAGCACCGUUCGCCUGAUCGAACCCUGUGAUCCUCCUUGCGUCACGGAAAGUGUGUCGUACCAGAAGAGCAUAAGAGCCGUGAGACGUCGGGAAACCUAUUCUGACGCGAUCGUGGAAAGACCAUCCAGUGAUAGGCCCUUACCCGUGAAAGGUAAACAUGUUCCAAUGAUCGAGGAAGCGCAUUCCCCUGUGCAGCCCCUUCCAUCUCCCAAAGAAGAAACAAAGAAACCGACGCGAACGAGUAUGCUUACGCCUAAGAAACCAGAUACGAGAAGUAACGCAGGUCAAAAGAGUAAAAGUGUUGCAGUGACAAGCCCCAAAGUCCCAAAACCUGAAGGUAAUAACAGGAAUGCAUCAGUAUCUAGCAACAAGAGAGACAGUACGCUGAAACAGAGACCAAUAACAAAAGCAGCAGAAAAAGUCGACGCAAGAUCGUCAUUGACCGCCAAAAAAGUUCAAUGUGAAAUCAUCAAGAACCUUCGAGUGACGUGUGGUAAUAAAGACUCGAAGAAGCUGCUCGAACAAUUGUGUUUGUGCAACCCGCAAGGAACACCAGUUGCUCCAGUUUUCUCAGAAGUGCAAGUUACGGAGGAAACGGGUAAUGAAGUUGCAUUGCCAUCUCCAAUAACGGCGGACGAUGCACCGGAAAGUGCAUCAUUGGAAGAGGAAAGAGAAGAAACUAUACCCAUAGAAGAAGAGGAAAGUACACCCGUAGAAGAAACGUACGAAAGUAUAUCUGCGGAAGAUAAAGAAGAAACUACGCACAUAGAAGAAAUAGAAGAAAUUACACCCGUGGAGGAAGAAGAAGAAAGUACACCCGUGGAGGAAGAAGAAGAAAGUACACCCGUAGAAGAAGAAAAAGAAAUUACAUCCGUAGAUGAAAAAGAGGAAAGUAUUCCCGAGGAAGAAAUAGAAGAAGAGACAACGGAGGACACGAAAGAAGUUCAGUCGACCGCCAUAGACACGUAUGCGGAAAAGUCGGAAGCAAUCACCUCGAUAACUCCGUUGACAGACGGCGCAGUCAAUCUCCAAGACACGGCGGGUACUUCCAAACCGAUGGAAUUCUACAGGGAGUUCAAAGGAGGUCGAAACUACGUGAGCGUGCAGAUGCAAACGUCUAGUACGAUUCUGACGAAGAUUUUGUCGGAGUUUCAAGUGGGCAACAAAAAGAGGCAGGUGCUGAUGAAUAUCAAAUUGCGAACGACUCUGGACGGAAGCAACGACGAAGAUCAGCAACCAGAAACGGACGUCGCAUCGGCUAGCAGCUCGAGGGGGCAGUCUAUGACGCGCGAAUCGUCACGUGUAUCGAUGCAGUAUUAUUAUGUGGAACAAAAGAGAUCUGCCGUCCGAGAAAGGGAUCAGAGAGUUUCGAUGGACCCGGCUAUCGACGAUGAUAGGCACUUGUCGAAUGAUCGUGGCUCCCCUUGCAAUAAAUGUAGUGGUCCUUGUGGUAAAAAGAAGCUUGGAUAAUUUGCUUGAUGGGGAUGUCACGGCGUCAUAAGUGGCUUUGGUGGUCAGCAACUGUGAGGAAGGAAAAGAACGUGGAAGUUUGUUGCAAAGUUCGCCGACGAGCAACGUAGCAGAAACUCGGUUGAAGCAUCCGCUUGAAGCUAAAACCUGCAUAGGACGCGUAAUUAUCGUCGGGGGCGGCUCGUUGUCAUGUCUCGUAGUGUAAUAAAAAUUUUACGGAAAUACAAUUAUCCUGCCGCAUUACCAAACUUAACAAGCCACAUUAAACCGUACUGCAUGCAUAUGCAUGAAAUUUCGAAAAUUUUCAAAGAAUUUCCCUCUGCUAUAUCUUCAUCCUAAUAGAAUAGAUUAAUUGAAAUAAAUUACAUUCAUUGGAAUCAAUUUUAAUAUGCAUCGAUCUGUCUAAUCACCAUGUAAUUGUUUGUAAAGACUUGCAACUCUUGAAACUAUGAUUUUAUUAUUAUCCCAUUAACGUUAAAAAAAAA